AUGAGUGAGGUCGAACCCAUACGCCCUGUCUUUGAAAGAGAAGAAGAUAGCACAUUCGACCUUGUCGUCAAAACAGAUGCACCGGAUGAAUCCCAGCCGGGAAGAACGAUGAGCAGUAUCCUUGAAUGUCUGCAUUGCGGCGAGGAGAUGAACGUCAAAGGACCCGUCGGCGAAAUCAAGUGCAUUGGCCAAGUCAAGUUCAAGAUUGAGGACAAAGGAAAUUCUUCAGAGAGGGAUGUGCUUCUGGCGCUUCAGGGCAUGCGGACCCUAUCGCGUUGCAUCAGCAGCGCCAAUGAAGGUUCUAAUCGCUACAUCCAUGGAAUUACCACAGUGGCCGAGCUCCUGCUGGUCGCUCAACCAGUAGAUGCAGUGGUUUUCCAGAAACUCCCCAUCGAAGUCGUUCAUCGAGUCCGUCAAUAA